CCUUUGCGUUAAGACGUGUUUGAAAAGAAACUCGGAACGUGGCAAAGUAAAUACACUUUGGCUAUACUUAUAUAUACCCACAAGCAAAUUUGAUAGUCAUAAUAAACGGUUGUGUGCUCAAAAACAACAAGGUUGAAAAAAAAAAAUUAUAAAAACAAAUAAAUAUUUCGAAAUUAUCGAAAUAAUUUGUGUUCAGUCAUUUUGUGUGGCGCUCUAAAAUACAAAUUUCAAAAUAAAAGUGAACUGAGCAGCGCCAAAGCAUUUUGUGAAUAAAAUUUAAACUUUCGCUGCAAAGAAUAUACAAAGAGUUAGUGCUAACUAGAAAACAAUAAAUUGUGCUCACCCAACUUAAAUGCUGGAUUACUUGAAAAAAAUCGUUAAAGUAGCUUAACAGCUUGAAAACUCAAACAAAAAUAAAUUGUUGGAUUAACCAUCGCCACAACACCUCUACUAGCUGCUAUAAGGCCAGCUACAUCAUUACUCCCAUUGGAUUAACCAUUUUUGUGGAUUAGCUGUAUUAUUCAACCUCGUUAUCCACGCUUUCUACACAACCUUUGGAUUUGCGUAAAAUGGUUGUUUUAGAAGGUGGCGGCGGUGUUGUUACCAUUGGCAACAACCAAUAUCUGCAGCCCGACUAUUUAUCACCAAUACCAACAACGAUGGACGCCAAGAAAAGUCCACUCGCACUGUUGGCACAAACUUGCUCACAAAUUGGCGCUGAUUCGUCGGCAGUCAAGCCAUUACUCGCUAUGGAUAAAUCAAAGAAGUCUGCAUCUUCAUCUUCGUCAUCCACCUCAUCGAAUGCCAGUACGGACAUGAGCGCUUCCAAGUCGCCAACACAGGCUAAAUCACCGAAAUCCACCACACCAAAUACCACCGAGGUGAAGUUGGCAUUUAAGCCCUACGAAACAAAUGUACUAAGCGCUCAAAACCACAAUACAUUCAAGUCAUCGUCCUCAACGACUGUGGACGAGCAACGACCCAGCUCAAAAUGCUCCUCUAGCGGUGGUGUAGAUAACAAUACACGUGUGCCCUCACGCAACAAAUCCAAUUGUACACCAGAAUCACAUGCCAUCAAAAUGGAGAAUAUGCAUGGUAUUACACCGACACCAAGUGAUAAUAAUCGCAAAACUGUGUCUCCCGCCGGUUCUUCACAACGUGGCGCCAGCCCCAUUGUACGUUCCGGUAUGGAAGUACUGAAUAAUAGCAACGGUUCUGCCACGCACCCGAAGGAGAUGAGCAGUAUGGCUGCGGCAGCCGCUGCUGCUGCUGCUGCUUACAAAGCGGCCGGUCCAUAUGGCAUUAAUCCAUUAUCGGCGCUCUGCUGUCCCCCCGGUAUGGAGCAACAUGCCAAUCCCGCUUUCCGCCCACCGUUUGCCGGCGGCUUCUCACACCAUCACGCAGCAAUGUUAGCCGCUGCUGCUGCAAGCGGCGGUUACCCAGGCGGUCCCAAUGGUCCGGGCUCCCAACCCAAUCCCUACAUCAGCUAUCAACGCAUCAAGACACCAUCCGGCGGUGAGGCUAUUGUACCCGUUUGCAAGGAUCCCUACUGUCCCGGCUGCCCGUACUCGGCACAUACGCAACAAAUGCUUAUGGGUGCACCGUGUCCAGCUGGUUGCACACAAUGUGAACAUCAAAAAUACGGCAUGGCAAUGAUGGGCGGCGCCGCUGGUCUCCCACCGAGUCAUCCUUACUCGCAAGCCGCCGCUGCUGCUGCCGCUAGUGCUGCUGCGGCGCGCUCAGCGCCAUAUGUCUGCAGUUGGGUGAUAGGUGACGCUUAUUGUGGCAAACGUUUCCAGACCUCCGACGAACUGUUCUCACAUCUGCGCACGCACACCGGUAAUCUCUCGGAUCCAGCUGCUGCCGCCGCCGCUUUGGCUCAGUCACAGGCACAAUCAUUGUUGGGCACACUUUUCCCACCAUCAGCACUCCGCGCCGGAUAUCCAACACCACCUCUAAGUCCAAUGAGCGCUGCUGCUGCAGCACGCUAUCAUCCUUAUGCCAAACCCGGUGGCAUACCAGCUAGCGCGUUGACUGCACCAUCCGCCUUCGGCAUGACUGGCUUUAAUCCCGCAGCGGCUGCUGCAGCAGCGGCUUUGGGACCCUACUACUCGCCCUAUGCGAUGUAUGGUCAACGCAUUGGCUCGGCAGCGGUGCAUCAGUAAGCGAUUGCUAUAGCGAAGCUGAAGCGCGAUAAAUGCUGACAACAAGGCUAGUCAAGGAGAACGAAAGGCUAACCGUGUGAUCUUUGAGUGAGGCGCGUGCGCACAUGUCGACCGUGAGGCCAACAGUGAGUGAGGCAUAGGCAUGGUGGGCCGCGCACUCGGUUACAAUAUGCAUACCAAAAACAUGAAAGCGAAAUAAAACAGAAACAAAGAUCUGAAAAUGAAGUUGGAAAUUGCAGAAAAAAGGCAAAAAAAUAUAAAACACAAAAAACGUUAAAAAAUGAUUAAUACAAAAUUGCGUUUCAAAAAAAGUAUAAAACCGUAUGAAAAAAUUUCAAUUUGAGAAUGCGCUAUUGUUGCGAUCGUUUUACACUGUGAUACUAAAAUGUAGUUGGAUGCUAGGCUUAUUAGGUUUUAAAUGAUGAACAUAUGACUUACACACACAUGCAUACAUGCAUCGAUAUAUAUAUGUGUAUACGCAUAUGUAUUUGUGAGCAAAAACGUAAAAAGUAAUUAAAGUUUUUAGUUGUAAAAUGCAGCCAAAGCAUUUCUUUUUCAAAUAACCAUGAAACCUUAACAAAAACAAUCACAUUAACUAGUUUUUUGUUACUAUUAAUUUAAUAUAUAUAUAUAUAUAUAUGUAAUAUGUCUGUACGUUUUGCCUUUAAUUAUAUAAUUUUAAGCGUGAAAAUUGUGAAUUAGUUUUUUGUUUAGUAUCGAAAGCGCACACAAAGGCCUUUCGCUUACAGUUUAUUUGUUUUAAUGGCUUUUAAAAAUUUAAUUUAGCUAUGUAAUAAAUGUAAUAUACAUACAUGCAUACAUGCAUAGAUGAAAACAUGAAAAACUUGAAAUAUCCACUUACAAUCCAUGUUUAACUGCAUAUGAAGCGCUUGUAUGUGUUUAUAUAAUUCAAACAGAUUUCCAUAAAACGAAAUAUAAAGAGUCAAAAACUUCAACUACAAACUUGAUGGAAUAAUUAGUUUUCAUUUUGCAAUUAAAUGAAAAUAAUAAAUAUAAAUAUUAAACAAUAAA